AGUUCAACAACCUUUAUGAUUAACAUCAAUCAUUAAAUAUCCAAUAUAUAGCUUUGGAGAUCAUCGUUGAUCUGUUAAAAUACUACCUGGGUAGGGCAGAUAUGUGCCUACGUAGGUAGCCGUGCCCCCUUUACCCCAGCUAUUACCCCACAAACCCAUACCCCCGCUACAGUCCAAUAUAGCAUCUUUCUCCGCAUCCUUCACACAAACUUACCCGGCUUAGUGGCAUUAUAUCGCCUUAUAUCAAGGCCGAGGAAUUGGAAUUGGUAAUGAGAAAUCAGCUGGUCCAAUUGUUGAUAGGUACCGACCUAGGGUAGGCAGGCAGGCAGACACUUUUCACACCCCUUCGAACCAUGGCCGAGAAGGAGCCGUCCAUCUCGCUCCACGAGAAAGCUGACGAUGCCACCCCAUCUGCGGAGGACGCAGGCGAGCGCCGCGGCGGCGGCGGCGGCGGCCACGACUCCAAAUUCGAGAAGCGGGUCCUGCGCAAAGUCGACGUAAGACUGCUGCCCAUCCUCGGCGCGCUGUACACGAUCGCCAUGGUCGACCGGAGCAACAUCUCGGUAGCGCGCAUCUCGGGGCUCGACGAGGACGUCGGGCUCGCCGUCGGCAACCGCGCCUCCGUCGCCCUGCUCGUCUUCUUCAUCGGCUACAUGCUCUUCGAGCUGCCGAGCAACAUGGUGAUCCACCGCGUCGGCGCCGCCAACUGGCUCGCCGCCAUCGCCUUCGCCUGGGGGCUCGUCUCCAUGGGCAUCGGCUUCCUAGACCACUGGGUCGGGCUCGCCGUGCUGCGGGCCCUCCUCGGCGCCUUCGAGGCCGGCUUCUACCCGGGCUGCGUCUACCUCAUCUCCUCCUGGUACCGGCGGUACGAGGUGCAGCAGCGCCUCGCCGUCUUCUUCAUGACGGGGUCCGCGCUCUCCGCCUUCGCCAACGUGUUCGCGCUCGCGCUGAUCCAGAUCUCGAAGACGCGCACGAGCUACAAGGGGUGGCGCUGGAUCUACAUCGUCGAGGGCGUCGUCACCUGCGCCGCCGCCGUCCUGGCCUGGUUCGUCAUCGUCGACUUCCCCGACUCCGACCGCAACACCUUCCUCUCGGCGGAGGAGAGCGCGUUCGUCAGGGUGCGCCUCGCCGAGGACCGCGGCUCCGAGGAGCGCGGCAGGGUCACCUGGGCCAUCUUCGUCGACACCCUCACCGACUGGAAGGUCUGGUCCUUUGCGCUGAUGUACUCGGCAGGCGCCGUCGGUGUCUACGCUUUCCUCUUCUUCCUGCCCAUCAUCCUCAAGAACGGCAUGGGCUACUCGCAAGAGCUAGCAUUUGUCCUUUCAGCCCCGCCGGCCCUCUUCUCCGUCGUAGAGGGCCUGGUCGUUUCUUGGCUCGCGGAUAAGCUGCGUCUACGGGGACCGUUCGUCAUUUUGCAAGGCGUUGUCGCUAUUGUCGGUCUAUGCAUGACUGGCUUCCUUAAAGAUCCCGUGCCGAGGUAUAUCGGGACGUUCUUAGGCGAAGCAGGUGUCAAUGGGCUUGUGGUGACUACGCUGGCUUGGCAGGCCAACAAUCUUCGUGGCGAUGCCAAGCGCGCCUGUGCCACGGCCGUCAUGAUCACGAUCAGUGGGCUUGGUGGCAUUUAUUCGUCGCUGGUCUUCCGACAACAGGAUGCCCCUGAUUAUAUUCCUGGCAUCAUCGCUGUGAUGGCUAUAUGCAUAGCAGCUGUCGUCGCUGCAUGCAUAUCCAUACUCCUUCUAAGGUGGGAGAAUAAGCGCGCAGAUGAAGGAAAGAAGGUUAUCGAUGAUCUUGCCGACUUCCGGUAUACUAUCUAGAAGGGAUACCCGACAUCGACUUAAUAACUGUUAGGUGUCUAGAUUCAUGAGUUAUGAUAGGUAAUGGGGUAAUGGGACCUAAGAAUAGAAAAACAUUACACUAUUAUAGUCUCACAGCCUAUCACGUUCUAGCCUGUUCUCGCUUUCUUGAACUCGAGGCUAAGAGAAACUACAAAAGCGCUAAUGCCCUGACUAUAGAAGGCACAUGAAAAGCUCAAGCUAAAAUCCAAUAUUCUAGAACAAAAAUCAUGUACCUACCUUAUGAUAGGUACGGUACCUACGAACGAUUCGUACCUACAUACCUAGUGAAAGGCGUGAAAUUUAGAAAAGGGGCAACAGGAACAACCGAAUGUUGCAUUGUAGACUACCCUAAGUAGGUAAACUACAGGA